UAUGCUACUUACUCCGGUGCUGACACCUUUGACUUGUGAGUAUGAAUGAUGGCUGUCCAUUAUUAAAAACUCGACAUACAGAUCGUGGAUAAACGUCGCGUACGCGUCGCCCGACAGUGACUGUGCGGUGUGCGCACUGCGCACGCUCCUCUGAAACAGCAACACUAGUGUUAGCGAGGCGCAUUACUUCAAGAGAACAGUUCCCGGUUUGAGAAUUUAGACAUGGCACUUUCCAACGUCCUCGAACCUGCUGGGUCUGGUUUUAACUUCGAAAAUUCCACAAGAAACAUUGUUCUGGAGAAUGGCUCAGAAGAGGGUAAAAUCAAGGCACCGAAACCCAUGAAAACAGGCACCACCAUUGCUGGAGUGGUUUAUAAGGAUGGUGUAGUUCUGGGAGCAGACACAAGAGCCACCUCUGAAGAAGUAGUGGCAGAUAAAAUGUGUGCCAAGAUUCACUACAUUGCACCUAACAUAUAUUGUUGUGGAGCAGGGACAGCUGCGGAUACUGAGAAGACGACAGAUAUGCUGUCGUCAAACCUCACCAUUUUCUCCAUGAACAGCGGCAGGAACCCAAGAGUCGUUAUGGCCGUUAACAUACUACAAGACAUGCUCUUCAGGUAUCGAGGUAUGAUUGGAGCUCAUCUCAUUUUAGGGGGUGUUGACUGCACUGGCAGUCACCUGUACACGGUUGGCCCUUAUGGGAGCAUGGACAAGGUGCCGUAUCUAGCCAUGGGAUCUGGUAAACUGCCUGCUAUGGGGAUACUGGAGGACAGAUUCAAAGGAAACAUGGAUGUAAGUUGCUUUUUUGUUAAAACCUCCUUAUUGUACGUUUACUAUUGUCAAUAUUACUGUUCCUGUAGCUCAAGGUGAAGUAAAAUGCAAGGUAUUUUCUACACUCAAUAAGUUGGUUCAAGCAUUUAAGGGGUCAUGCAUUGCAUUUUUAAUUAUUUGAUAAU